AUGGACACAGCCACCAAAGUUGAGAAAACCAUCAGAGUCGGAGCCGUUCAGGCCGAGCCUGUCUGGCAUGACCUUGACGGAUGUGUGGACAAGACUAUACAGCUCAUCAAGCAAGCGGCUGUGGAUGGCGUUCAGGUUCUUGGAUUCCCUGAAGUCUGGAUUCCAGGCUACCCAUGGCAGAUGUGGUGCGCUCCACCAAUUAUCCAGGCGACUUGGGUUCCCCAGUAUCAAGCAAACUCCAUGACAAGGGACUCCCCCCAAAUGAAACGCAUUCAGGCUGCCGUCAAGGAAGCCGGUAUGUUUGUUGUGCUGGGCUACAGUGAGCGCGAGGGAGCCACCAUCUACAUUGCCCAAGCCUUCAUCUCACCCGAAGGCGAAAUCGUCCACAAUCGCCGCAAAAUCAAGCCUACUCAUGCGGAGCGUACCAUCUGGGGAGAAGGCCAGGAUGAAUCCCUGAAAACCGUGGUAGAUUCGCCGUUUGGUAAGAUUGGUGGCCUCAACUGCUGGGAGCAUCUGCAACCCUUGCUGCGCUACUACGAGUACACGCAAGGUGUGCAGAUUCACAUCUCGAGCUGGCCGUCCAUCUUCAGUAUGCCCGAUCCUGAAAAGAUCUCCUGGCUGUACCACGAGACUGGUGAGGCAAAUAACCGCAUCAGUCAGAACAUGGCGAUAGAAGGCGCAACUUUUGUUCUAUGCUCUUCGCAGAUUCUUACAGAGAAGGGUCUGGAGAAGAACAGCAUAUUAGCCGGUAAUCCGGUCACUCAGCCUGGCGGUGGCUUCUCUCAGAUCUUCGGCCCCGAUGGAAAACCAUUAUGCGAACCAAUUGGAGCGGGGGAAGAAGGAAUUCUCCAAGCCGAUAUAUCUCUGGGCGACAUCGCCAAGGCCAAAAUAUUCCUCGAUGUUGCCGGCCAUUAUGCUCGACCGGACAUGCUGAGUCUCCUAGUCAACCCGCCAGUUGCCAAGCAUGUUACAAUAAUGGAGAAAUAG